UUAUUUCUUUAAGAUUUAUCUGUCACAAUCUUUCAAGUCUCUCCCCAAAACACAAAUCAUCGUCAUUCCUUAUAGGAUUCUCAUACAGUUCACAAAUUUCUUAAAAGUUUCGAUAGGAAUCCACACGUGCCAGUGCUGACAGGAUGAGUGGAAAACUACUGUCCGGUCUUCUCAAUGGCGUGCUCUGUGGUAUUGGGGGCUAUGGUUGCUGCAAGUUGGAUCCUUUCGUACAGCCCGUUGGCUAUAUGUCGUGCGUUAUGGCCUACACGCAUGGCACCCUGGGGCUGAUCGUCUCGCUGCGCAAGGCCGCGAAAGGCGCCAACCCCCAAUUGUGCGUCACGCGCAACCUUAUGGAGGUCGGACACAUGACGCUGAUCAACACCCAGUUCUACCACUCAACGAUGGGCAGCGGCCGCGCCCUGGUGUUCGGCCUAUCCAUGGGCUUACUGGGGGUCCUCUCCAUCCAGAUGCCGAAAGUGAUCUUGUGGCGCCCGGCAAUCGGAUUUUGUAAUGUGCUGUGUCUCCUAUGCAGCCCCCACUAUGCCAGUUCCUGGGGCACCCACUUGAUGAUAGCUUUGCUGUAUGCGGCGGGCAGCGAUGGUGUGUACUACCUAAAGGGGCUUGAUCGCCUCAGCUAUGCAGAGAGACUGUACGAAGUGUGCAACAUUGGCAUCACCCACUUGGCCAUAAAGGCUUUCAUGGAAAAUAUGUAGACAUUUCUACCCCUAGCCCCAGCUUCCAGCAUCAGUUUGUUAUAUUUUGUAAAAGAAUUUAUUUGAAAAAAAAAUAGCUCGAGACCACGUU